ACGUGGACUGCCAAGCUGGGGGUGUGUAUGUCUGUUGGAGGACUCGAACGCGUAACAUGCACUGUCAGUCGUUCCACACCAAUUCCACACCCUCAUGCACGUACUCGGCUUGGAUUUGAUAUCCAUAAUAUAACUCAGAAACUCCUAUUCAAGACAUCUGGAAAUUCUCUACCCCUCAGGCAAACCGUCCAUUCAAGAAGCUGCUGUAGUAUCGGCUCAUAUGUCCUCUCAGUAUGUCGGGACCACGCGUUAUGCGGACAGGGAGGGUCGCUGUGCUAUGCGUGAUUCCUGUGGCAAAAAAUCCAUCAUUGGGAAGCCUCUUCCAUGUCCGACACACGAAGCUGCGUCCGAGGAUGAUGUAGACCGCGACCUUCUUGUGUCAUUAUGCGGCGCAGAAUAUACAGAAGGGCCUACUUGCUGCAACACGGGUCAAGUCGAAGUUCUACGUGACAACCUGAACCGAGCGGAGACCAUGCUUUCCUCUUGUCCCGCUUGCCGGAAUAACUUUCGAGCAUUCUGGUGCAACUUUACAUGUUCACCAAACCAGGCUACAUUCCUGAAUGUAACAUCGACUCAAAAGACCAUGACCGGCCAGACAGCGGUCAAAUCUGUUGAAUUCCAUGUGUCAGAGAGAUUCGGGGAAGGUUUCUAUGACAGUUGCAAGAAUAUUCAGGUUGGCGCUACAAAUGGCUACGCUAUGGACCUGAUUGGUGGUGGUGCCAAGAACUACUCCGCGUUUUUCAAGUUCAUGGGUGAUGAGAAGGACAUGGGAAGUCCUUUUCAGAUCAACUUCCCUGCAGAAGUACCAGCCGAAAUGACACCUUUGAAUACGACACCAAGAAACUGCUGGGAUAAUGACCUUGCAAGUCGAUGCGCCUGCAUUGACUGUCCGUCCAUAUGCCCUGCGCUCCCUCCUGUUCCUGCCCCUGGCGCUGAACCAAGUUGUCACGUUGGAAGGCUUUCAUGUCUUUCAUUCGUUCUCAUUCUCGCAUACGGCCUCGCUGCGGUGUCAUUCAUAGCCGGAUAUGUCAUUCAAGCAACAUUGCGUCGGCGAAAAGAGAGAUCUUACGAACGUGUCGCAUUGUCUGCCGAUGCAGCUUCCGAACCACCAUUCUCUCCUCGAUUACAUCCCCGAGGAUUGGUUGGGGCCUCAUCCCUUGCCCACCAUGUUGACGGUGAUGAAUCCACAGGUACACACUCUGAUUCCCGCAAUCUCGGUCGAGGCGCGUCUCUUCUGGACCCGAUAGAAACUGUUCAACCAAGGCAAUACCGCUUAAACAAUGCCAUUCGUCGCAUAUUUUACAAGUUGGGCCUAUAUUGUGCGAGCUCGCCAUGGUUAACGUUUGCCGUUACGUUCACCAUAGUUGGCAUCUUGAACCUGGGAUGGAAGUACUUCUCAGUUGAAACGGAUCCCGUGCGUCUUUGGGUUUCUCCAGACUCCGAUAGCAAGUUGCAGAAGGAUUACUUUGAUGAGCAUUUUGGUCCAUUUUAUCGAACGGAGCAAAUAUUCGUCACAUCCUCGCAGGUUGCUCCAUCUAUUCUGAAUACUUCAAACUUUUCUACCAAGGAAACGAAACCUCCAAUUCUUUCCUGGGACCAUCUGAAAUAUUGGUUCGGCAUAGAAGCUGACAUUCGGUCCCUUCGUUCACAACCUAAUGGAUACACACUGGAUGACGUCUGUUUUAAGCCCGCAGGCGAGGAUGGCUUCUGCGUCGUGCAAUCCGUUGCGGCCUGGUUUGAAAACGAUCUCAGCUCUUACGACCCCAACACUUGGAAGGACCAUCUCCUCACGUGCGCCCGUUCUCCUGUGGAAUGUCUUCCAGAGUUCCAGCAACCAUUGGGGCCGGAGUAUAUCCUUGGUGGAAUUCCGGAGAAUGAGGAUGGUUCUAAACGAUAUCUCGACUCUCAGGCUCUGGUGAUCAAUUAUGUGGUCUCAGAUUCGCUUGACGAAGAGGUACAAGCAAAGGCUAUGGAGUGGGAGUUCGCUUUGAGAGAGUAUCUGACGGAUUUGAGUGGCAGGAUACAGGUGGAAGCUGGUCUGGAACUCGCUUGGUCAACGGGAGUAUCCCUGGAAGAAGAACUAAACAAGAGCACAAACACAGAUGUCAGAAUCGUUGUUCUUUCAUAUCUUGCCAUGUUCUUCUAUGUGUCAUUGACACUGGGUAGCGGCUCCGCUGUUGGCCGAGAGGAGGAGGGCGUCAUUUCCUCCGUUCGACUGUGGGCUGCAAACCUCUCCAAGUUGUUCAAGAAGGAGUCUGGUUCAUCAUCUUCUACGCUAUCUAUCGACUCACGUAACACACCUACAUUCUUUCCUCGCCUUCCCCGCAAGUUGUUCUUAGGAUCCAAGUUUUCCCUCGGGCUGUUCGGUAUUGCACUGGUCAUUCUUUCGGUAUCGACCUCCGUUGGAUUCUUCUCCUUUGUUGGUGUCAAAGUCACCCUUAUCAUUGCCGAAGUGAUACCAUUCCUUGUACUUGCCGUUGGCGUGGACAACGUAUUCAUCCUGGUGCAUGAGUUAGACCGACAAAACCUCCUUCAUGGGCCAAAUGCCUCAGUCACCGCUAACUAUGGCUAUACGACCCCAAUCUCGCCUUCACUGUCGCGUAAUCGCUCUCAGUUCGAUUCCGCACAAUCUCAUGAUGAUUCAGUCGAUGCAGCAUCGAUGCCGUUGUACCUUUCAGCGGAGGAACGAGUGGCUCGGACACUGGCUAAGAUGGGUCCAUCCAUUUUACUCAGCACCGUUACGGAGACAGUGGCUUUUGCUUUGGGUGCAUUGGUACCUAUGCCGGCCGUUCGGAACUUCGCAUUGUAUGCCGCUGGAAGUGUUCUGAUAAAUGCAAUGAUGCAAGUCACCGUAUUCAUCAGCGCACUCACGCUGGAUUUGCGACGAGUUGAGGCUAGUCGAGUGGAUUGUUUCCCAUGCAUCAGAUUACCUUCGCGGAUCCAAUUACUAGAACCGCCUGGUCCAUCGAGCGGACUGAGUUUGUUAGCGCAAUUCAUUCGACGCCGUUAUGCGCCGUUCCUACUCAAGCCGGCGGUUAAGGGUGCCGUUCUCUUGAUAUUCAGUGGCUUCUUUGUAGGAUCUAUAAUUUCUAUUCAACAUAUUCAGCUUGGCUUAGAUCAACGACUUGCUUUGCCCUCGGAUUCAUAUCUCAUUCCUUACUUCAACAGCCUCUACGACUAUCUAGAAAUCGGUCCUCCUGUGUACUUCGUAACACGCGACGUUGAUGUUACUGAAAGGCAGGAACAACGGGAACUAUGUGGACGCUUUACAACAUGUGACGAUAUGUCCGUUACAAAUCGUCUAGAAGCCGAGCGCAAGAGGCCUGAAUCGUCAUUCAUUGCUCAGCCGGCUGCGUCAUGGAUAGAUGACUUCUUCAACUGGUUGGACCCCAAUCAGUCACGCUGCUGUCGUGUUCGCCGACGCAACCCUAGCGUAUUCUGCUCAGGGCGGGAGUCGGAUCGAGUAUGCCGACCAUGUUACGAAGGUCACGAGCCAGAGUGGAAUAUUACGAUGGAGGGCUUGCCCGAAGGACCUGAAUUCAUGCUAUAUCUUCAACAAUGGCUCAAGUCGCCUACUACGGAAGAAUGUAUGCUGGCAGGAAGAGCAUCGUUUGGCUCCGCGUUGUCCCUGGACCCAGACGCCGAUACCGUGGUUGCCUCUCAUUUCCGCACUUUCCAUACACCUCUCAAAUCCCAAGACGAUUUCAUCAAUUCCUUCCGGGCUGCGCACAGAAUUGCAGAGGAAAUAUCUGAGCAGACGGGAGUUUCAGUUUUCCCCUACUCCUUGCAUUACGUCUUCUUUGACCAAUAUGCACAUAUUGUCGCCAUUACACAGCAAAUCCUAGGGCUCGGGCUCGCCUCAGUGCUCAUUGUCACGGCGUUGCUACUUGGAUCUUGGAGAACCGGCACUAUCGUCACUGGUGUUGUGGGCAUGACUGUUGUCACAAUCAUGGGUGUUAUGGGUAUUUGGGAUAUCAACUUGAAUGCGAUCAGUCUGGUCAAUUUGGUGAUCUCUCUUGGUAUCGCUGUCGAGUUUUGCGCCCAUGUGGCCCGCGCAUUCAUGAGUGCUGGCUCUGGUCUUCCCAUUGAUCAUCCGGCCGGUCAGAAGGAACGCGAUGAGCGAAUGUGGACUGCGCUUGUCGACGUUGGCCCAUCGGUUUUAUCUGGUAUCACUUUCACAAAGCUCAUUGGAAUGAGUGUACUGGCGUUGACACGCUCAAAGAUAUUAGAGAUAUAUUACUUCCGCAUGUGGUUCACCUUGAUUAUCUCAGGAGCUUUGCAUGGUCUUGUUCUUCUUCCGGUCGUUCUGAGUUUGGCGGGUGGUCCUGGUUUCCCUCUGCAAGAAGCCGACGAAGAGUGGAUGUCGCAUGCAAUUAGGAACGAUUACGAAUACACGUCAGUGGAACGCAUUGAAUUCACUUCUAACGCUAAUACUUACGCUACGUUAUGCAGGCCCUUCCUGGCGGAUGACGAUUCUACCACUAGUGACUGACAUACCCCCCAUGAACGAAUCUGUAUAGUAUACACGAGGUGGUAAGAUUGGAAUACACAGGAUACUUUUCAUAAUAGUAGAGCAGUCCGCCAGAGAUAUCAUGGAAUAUCAAAAAGAAAAGCAACAGAAAGAAAACCUAAUCUCGAGGUGACCUGGAUCUGCUAUCCCGAAUAUCAUCCCUGCUAUGACUCCUCCUGGCACGACUGACCGACCGAGAACGGCUUCUACUACGUGAGUAGCGCGAGUAGGAUGAGUAA